UCCUUUCUUUGUCUGUACUUUUUUGCCAUCAUGGUGUCGAGAAGUUCUCCAGUGAAUAUAUCUUCUUUAGUCUUGCAAAAAUAAAUUCCAGAGACACAGCUUUGCGCUCGAAAGGAUUGAAUGAGAUGAACCAUCUGGGUUAUAGUAUCUAAAGGGCUAAGUUAUUCUUUUGGAGAGACAUUCUAAAUGAGCCUGACCGAGAUACUGGAUCUGUGUGAAGAGGACUAAGGAUAUAGGAUGUCAACUGAGACAGAACUUCAAGUGGCUGUUAAAACCAGCACAAAGAAAGACUCAAAAAAGAAAGGUCAGGAUCGCAGUGAAGCCACUUUAAUAAAGAGGUUUAAAGGUGACGGUGUCCGAUACAAAGCAAAACUGAUUGGGAUAGAUGAGGUUUCUGCAGCACGAGGAGACAAGUUAUGUCAAGAUUCCAUGAUGAAACUCAAGGGAAUUGUUGCUGCCGCUCGUUCAAAAGGAGAACAUAAACAGAAAAUCUUUCUAACCGUCUCCUUUGGAGGAAUCAAAAUCUUUGAUGAAAAGACUGGACUACUCCAGCACCAUCAUGCAGUUCAUGAAAUUUCAUAUAUUGCAAAGGAUAUCACAGAUCACCGAGCAUUUGGAUAUGUGUGUGGAAAAGAGGGAAAUCAUAGAUUUGUGGCAAUAAAAACAGCCCAGGCAGCUGAACCUGUAAUUCUGGACUUGCGAGAUCUGUUUCAGCUCAUUUAUGAAUUGAAACAAAGGGAAGAAAUGGAAAAAAAGGCACAAAAGGACAAGCAGUGUGAACAAGCAGUGUACCAGACAAUUUUGGAAGAAGAUGUAGAAGAUCCUGUAUACCAGUACAUUGUGUUUGAGGCUGGACAUGAGCCAAUCCGUGAGCCUGAAACAGAAGAAAACAUUUACCAGGUUCCUACCAGCCAAAAAAAGGAAGGUGUUUAUGAUGUGCCAAAAAGUCAACCUGUAAGUGCUGUUACCCAACUAGAGCUUUUUGGGGACAUGUCCACUCCUCCCGAUGUAACCUCUCCCCCAACUCCUGCAACUCCAGGUGAUGCCUUUAUCCCAUCUUCAUCCCAAUCACUUCCUGGUAGUACAGACAUGUUUGGUUCUGUACCGUUCAGCACUGCUGCCGUACCCUCAGGUUAUGUUGCAAUGGGAGCUGUCCUGCCAUCCUUCUGGGGACAGCAACCACUCGUUCAACAACAGUUGACCCUAGGUGCUCAGCCUCCAGUUGCUCAGGUGAUGCAGGGAGGACAGCCAAUAGCCUGGGGCCAACCUGGUAUUUUUUCUCCUACCCAGCAACCAUGGCCAACCGUAGCUGGUCAGUUCCAGCCAACUGCCUUCAUGCCAACACAAACUGUUAUGCCUAUACAAGCAGCCAUGUUUCAAGGUACCAUUGCUCCCAUUGCUACUGUUCCACCCACAAGCGAUUCCACCAGAUCAAGUCCACAGACAGACAGGCCCAGACAGAAAAUGGGAAAAGAAAUGUUUAAAGAUUUCCAGAUGGCUCAGCCUCCUCCAGUGCCAUCAAGAAAACCAGAUCAGCCUUCCCUCACUUGUACCUCAGAGGCCUUCUCAAGUUAUUUUAACAAAGUUGGGAUGGCACAGGAAGCAGAUGAUUGUGAUGACUUUGACAUCUCUCAGUUAAAUUUGACUCCUGUGACUUCUACAACACCGUCCACAAACUCACCUCCAACCCCUGCUCCCAGACAGAGUUCUCCAUCCAAAUCAUCAGCAUCUCAUACCAGUGACCCUACUGCAGAUGACCUCUUUGAAGAGGGGUUUGAAAGCCCAAGCAAAAGUGAAGAGCAGGAUGCUCCUGAUGGAUCUCAGGCCUCAUCCAACAGUGAUCCAUUUGGUGAGCCCAGUGGUGAUACUAUAAAUCCACAGGUCGGUAGCUAGAUAGCGCAGGUUUGGGAAGAUGAACCUCUCUACGCCCAGAUCAACAGACCUAAGAAAUAGCAUUGUUACAGGCUUGUGGUGCUUCAAGACUCAAAUGAAAAUCUACAACCUGACAGGCCUUUGGCACUCAUGCUUUUUUCCGCAAUUGAUCUUGUCUGACAAAAGAUAAAUGAUUGCCCGACUGGAUCCGUUCUACAAACUUACCUGACGGUUUUUGGCAACCAAUGGCAAAUUUCUAUGGCAGCACAAAAAUAAAAACGAGCCCUGCUUACCAUACAGAGUCCAGCCCUCUCGCCAUGAGUUUUGAGUACACAGAAUCGGAAAUCUUAACUCCUUGUUCUUCUUUUAAACUUUUAUCUUCUAUGCGCCACAUAUGAAUACUAAGCGUUUGAAAUUCAUCACGUAUUAGGCAUUCUUUUUCUUUUACGCAGAAAAAGCAGAAACAGUAUGUAGCAGCGGCAUCAUCAUUCACCAGCCUUUCAGGCACAAGUCGGCACUUUUUAUGACAUGGUGACAUGUUUCUCAUCAUCAUUUACACCAGGCGGAUCCUGACACAUUUUCCCCGUUAGGUAUAUUUAAAAAAAAAAAAUACUGGCUGUGUCAUUUUUUUUGUUUGUAUUUCUGUUCUGUUUGUUUUGUAUGAGUGACAGAGUCUAACAGCAAAAUGCCUCCUGUGGAAAUGAGUCCAAACUUGAAACCGCAGAAUAAAACUGCAUUGAUGGUUCAUCCUGACCGAAAAAUGUUGCCAAAUGGACCUUUAUAUUAGUGCAUCAUGAGGAAGAAAUGCUACUUUUCUGUUUGAAUACUCAUGCUGUGGGUAGAGAAAGGACAUCAGAUCUCAUUGAUGAAAGAGAUGAAAACUACAUUAUUUCCUAGGAAACUCGUUAAAAAAAAAAAGUACAGUAAAAGGAAUAUUUUUUAUUUCUUCAAUCUCUUGCUGCUGUAAUGCUAUGCAGACAAGCAUUUUCUUCUCUGUGUGCCAUUUUUGAAGAAAAAUCAUUUGCCAAAUAAUUCUGGUAUGAUUCUGGUUUAUGGAUUUGGAUAAAACAGACUUUUAAAUGGGACACCAGUGGCAUGAAUUUUGGAAUAACAAACUGAUUCUGUGAUCAAACUGUUCAUCUUUAUCACUUUUUUGUACAUCAGAAAAUUCAAAUGGGAUUUUUAUUUUAUAACUUGAAAAAAAAAUCUUACUGUUAAACUCUUUAAAUGUUUAAGGGGAAAUGGCUUUAAGGAGUUCGAAUGAAAAUUGCCAGUUUUUUUGUAAAUAUAAAUGUUCUGGAAGUUCUUUUAAUAAUGCCAUUACACAGUAGAGAAGGUAGCAAAUUUCAGUGCUUGGGAGGUGUGGCAAACCCAAAUGGUGGUUUUUGCAUCACGUAUGUUUUCUCACAUGCUUAUGACAAUGGGCUGAGGCUCAAGUGCAUUUGCCAACAGCAGUUAGCUUGUCAGCGACUAGUUAAAUUGAUGGGAACACAUGAUUUUUAUGAUCUAGCUUUUUCCAUACAAAUGUAUUCCAUAUCUUUUUCUUUAAAAAAAAAAAAUCACAUUUCAUGGACAUUUCUUUAUGAUUCUGACAUCUCUUCAUGGAAAUCAUCAAACUGUUUACACACAGAUCAGAAGAAUUAAAAACUUCCUUUUUUUACAUUUAUGAAACAGAAGUGCAGUGUUUGGGUUCAUAUGUUUAGCACAUGAUUUUCAGGAAAAAAAAAACUAUAUUUUUGCCCUACAGAGAGUUGUUAUACAGGUCAAAUGUGUUUUCCUGAUGUUCCUAUGCAGUUACAAUGUAUUGAAUUUAGUGGUUUAACACUAAAAAAAGUUUAAACAAAUCAAAUGAUUAAUCUGUUUUUAGGGUUAUUGUGCCGAUUUUGUUUUUAAAUUGAAACAUUAGGCUUUCCAUUUCUGUCAUUGAUUAAAAUAGGCCUGGAGUUGUAAACUUUUUACUUUCAGUCAUCUAUAUAUAAACUAGAAAAGUGUUUAGAAAUCAGUUUAUUUGCUGUAAACAAGGAAAGCUGAAAGACGAGCAGGGGUAGUCAUUGUACAACCAAAUCUCAUAACAUAAUUCCAGUCUCUUGUGUUGAAUUAGAUGCAUGAGCGAAUGUAUGCGAAUGACAGAUUAUCUGUGGAUAGACCUAAUGAACAUACAGAGAAAACGUGUUUUAUCCCCAUCCACCAUAUUCUUUGGUCCAUGCAAACAGCUGGUAGCAAAGUCAUUUUCACGUCAGAAGAAAGAGGCAAGCAGUUAUCUAACUUUAGGAGUUAAAUUAAAACAUACAGGUUGUAUGUUUGGGGAUUAAAAUAAGGAAAAAAAUAUAUUCCCGAGGGGCAUUUCUUUUUACUAUUUUUGCUUUCAAUAAGUGGUGCUACUUUCUUCCUCAGUCAAGCUCUUUUAGGUUUUCUCUUGCAAAAUGGGCCCAUCGAGAUAAUCAUUUUGAUUCUUCAUAAACAUUUGAAGUAUUGUAUAGUCAGUGCAUUUUCAGUUAUGCAGUAAAAUGUUCAAAGAGAAAGAAAAGCAAAGUCAUGGCUCAGUAAAUCCAUUGUCAUUCCAUUUAUAGAGUUCAGACUGACCUACCUUUGGGUGGAAGAAGUCCACGCAAAAAGUAGGUAAAUGUUGAAUAGGGUUGGGAUUUUUGGAUGAUCCAUGAGAGAUGAUAGUCCACAUUGCCAUUGACUGUUUUCUUCAUUUUAAUCAGCGUUAGG